ACCUCGAUAAGGGUUGGAUUAUACGUGGCAUUAGAUGCACAACCCCUCGUCAAUGAGCCAACCAGUGAUCUAAUGACAGCUCUGUACUUGUAGUAUAUUUUGAACUUUGCUCUCAGAAUAUGUGGACUUUGGGGUCAUAUAUACAGUACGGUGUUGCCGGUUAGAUGUUUCCAAGCGUAUUCAGAACUUUGUGUUAAAAAGUUACUGUGAUGAUGGCUUUGUGGGGAACUUUCCAUGUUCUGCUUCUUUUGGUAUUGGCUUUGUUGACCAAUCAGAGUAUUUCUUUAUCACUUGAGAAUGGAAAGACUUACAAGUACUCAUAUGAAACAACUAUAUACUUCAAUGAGUUGAAUACCCCUAAGGUGAAGCAGACUCAGAAAGAUGUAGGGUUCCGUUUGACUGCGGAACUAGAGGUCACUCCAAUAUUUCAUGCCAGUGAAACACAGCUCCUGAGACUUCAGAUCACAAAGGCAUCAGUUUCCAGUGCAUCCAGAUCAGGACUGGAGAGGAAUUUAUUGGUACUUCUGAGGUACCCUGUCUACUUUGAGCUGAAUGGGGGGACAGGUGUUGUAGGAACUAUUUAUGGAGCCGAUUCUGAAUCUAUCUUCUGCUCUAAUUUGAAAAAAGGAGUGAUAUCCUUGUUCCAGUUGAGAGAUACUGAUGGGGAGAGACAGGAGACUGAUGUAUCUGGACAAUGUGACACAUCAUAUAUGGUGUCUGGGAAUUCUGUUACCAAGACCAAGCAUAAUUGUGAAAACCUGGAAAUUGCUGGGCAGUUUAGUAAUCCAAGCAAGAUGUUUGGUGUGACUGUGACAUCAACUUCAGUUGCGAAGUACCAACUUGGGGAUGGUGUGAUAGGCAGUGUUUCGGGUACAGAAAGACACAUCGUAGUCCUCAAUGCAAAGCCAGGUGUUUCUACUGUUGUUACCUCAACACAAAAACUGAACCUGUUAAGUAGUAUUGGAGGAUCAAAGACAGUUGCAGGCAACACAGUGGAGGAGGCAAUAGAAAGCAUCAAUAAAGUUUCUGGAUACAAACACAGCCCAAUGUUGAUUGCGAGUGGCACAGAAAUACAAAAUUGUUUUGAAAAUUGUGAAAAGCCUAUUGAUGUCUUAAAGAAGGUUAAAGACUCGCUCUCCAGUGACAAACUUUCUACAGUUGAAUCUGGCAGAGCCUUUCUAAAGUUACUACGGUCCUUUAGAGGGAUAGGGAAACACACAAUUGAGGAAGUGCUCACCAGUAGUGAUAGUUACUACAUUGUUCCUCAGCUGAUAGAUGUUGCUGUAGCAGCUCAGACACCCGACUCACACAAGGCCUUGAUGGAUUUGGUGUCCUUCACCACAGAAGGUGCCUCAGAGUAUCAGGAAAGGUUACUGCUGGCCCUGGCCUACACUACACACCCAGACACUGCAGUCUUACAGUUUUUCUUGGACUUGAUGGGCAAGCCCCUCCCCACUGAGAGACUACAUGAGUCUGUGGUACUAGCCCUUGGUGCCCUGGUGCACACCUACUGCCAAGACACAGCCAGCUGUGGCACUCAGGUGGUAGCAGACUACGUAAAAGCUGUAAGAGAAGGUUUAAAGUCUUGUCAGAAUGAAAACUGCAAGCUGAGAUAUGUCAGAUCAAUGGGCAAUUCAGGGCUGUCUGAUUUUGGAUCUGAUUUGGUAGAAGUUGCAGAGUCCUCCAGUAGUCCGAUGAUUUCUAUCAGUGCUAUACAGGCUCUAAGGAGAUUUUCAACCGGUUCUCUUACUGCUAAUCAAAAGGCAACGCUGAGUCGGAUAUUCCACCAAAACAAUAGACAGUUUGACAGCAGUGUAAGGCUAGCAGCAGCUGAUGUCCUUCUGAAAAACAAUCCAACCACUGCUGAGGUCAGGAAUAUGAUGUUGUCUGCUGUUGGCGAUCAGAAGAAUCAUGAGACCUCUACGUACAUCUUAAAGAGGCUAUUGGAUCUAUCAGAAAUGGACAGUUACAUAAGGCCAAUGUUCAAAGAAAUCCUCUCAGACCCAAGUAUAAACAAUUAUUUUGUCUUUGGGCAAAGAGGAAAAUCCAGCGCUUUUAGCAGUUAUCUCAUGGCCACAAGAGAGAUGAACAGUACAUAUGGUUUAUACCAGGAGAGCUCAGCAACUGGUGUGAUGAAGAGAAGUGCCAUGGUGGUGGACAUGGCAAACAGAUUCACCAAACAGCCUCUUUUGACAUUUGGAUUGUAUGCUGAGGGCCUUGCUGCUCUGAUUGGUGAAGCUGAGGAGGGAGCAGAGGAUGUAGAGGCUACAGCAGGCAUGUCACUAACACUUAUGGAUGUACUGUUGCCAUCUGUAGAAUUCUUUAGAGGGUCUGGGGAACUCAUGUCUGCAGUAUGGAAUGCACCUUCAGAUCCUGUGUCAGCCUUACAAGGUAAUCUUUUACUGCAAGACCAUUCCCAGAAGUUCCAUCUCUCAAAUGGUCUGGUGGUGGAUCUGGAAGUCCUAGGUGUCUCCUCUAUAGAUAUGUCUGGCAGUGUCAGUAUCAGUCUGUGGUACAAAACUUCGAAUUCAUUGAUUAAAAACAGUGGUGCUCUGGUCGUGGAAGGAUCAAUGAAGCUGGACUCCAAAGUUCUAAAAGCAGGAAUUAAAAUGUUCGCAGAGUCAGAGGCCAGCAUUGACUUCAAUACUGAUGUGGACUUUGCUGAAAUGCCAUUUAAAAUGUGUCUGCGUAUGUCACGUCCCAACGUAUCUUUUAGUCAAACUGUGGAAAAAUAUGAAAGAUCUAGAAAAAUAAAGAAACGGUACAGAGCAAAGCAGAAACGAACAGCUUCCUCUCCUGGUGUCUCCUAUCUUAUCAACCCAAAGAAUAGCAUCCAGUGUAGUCUGAUCGCCUUGGAUUAACGAGGGUGAUGGUGGAAACCAGACAGCUGUAAGCAAUGUUCCUGAUAAUACUUCACACUUUCCAAAGCCUACAUCUCCAAGUAAACAGCAUCAGAUCAAAUGUCUCUUGAUGACGGCAAUACAAAGCUAGACGACAUAUCACAUUGCCAGAAUCUAGAACAAGAUCAAAUUCCAUUUUUUUUAAUAAAAGUAUAUUUUUCUUAUUUUC